GACCUAAAAAAUUCCGCAUCUCGAGCUAGAACAGAAAAAACACCAGAGUGGUCUCUGCCCUGCUGCAGCUGCACCUAAUAGGAUCAGUAUCAUGUCAAGGUUUCUACUUAGAGCAGACAUAAGGAGAUGCGUCGCCUCUCAGAUUAGAAUGGCCUCUGAUCAGCUUGGCGAAUUGGGCAAGGGCGCAGGCAAAGGUGGAGGCGGAGGAGGCUCUGUGAGGUCGGCAGGGGGUGCAUUUGGAAAGAGAGAAGUGGCAGAAGAGGAGCGUUACUUCAGGCAGAAAGAGAAGGAGCAGAUGGAGGCGCUGAGAAAGCAUCAUGUGGAGGAGAUUGAGCACCACAAAAAGGAGAUUGAGCGCCUACAAAAGGAGAUUGACCGUCACAAGGGCAAAAUCAGAAAGCUGAAUCAUGAUGACUAAACUGGGAAGCCUGUUGUAUUUUCUCCUUUCAACAUCUGGUUGCCACGUCAAUCGUUAUCCAAUACUGAUUUAUUGACUGCUGGUCAAGGCAGGUCCAACAUAAAUACCAAUAAACCAAUAAAGCCCUUAAUUUUAAA